ACAACCAGGAAGCAAGUCAUGUGAAUUUGAGAACGAACUUACUUUAACUAGACCGUUGGGGCAUUUUAUUGUUGUAUUAAAAAUACAAAAUGGCGUUUUCUCAGGCUGUAGGGAUAGCGCAAACUUCAACUGUAUGUCAGUUCUGUGAAGAAUCGCCAGAAAUAAAGUGGAAGUGUGUUAACUGUGAACUAUUUCUAUGUAACCUGUGCUGUUCAAAGAUUCACAGUAAAAGUAAGGUAUCAAUGGAACAUGAAAUUGUCAAUCUUAAAGAUUUUGGAACGGAGAUUUUUUUUAUGUCAGUGCGUAAAGUUGACCUUGACAAUAUGGAAUGCACAACACAUACAAAACGAAAGUGUAUUGUUUACUGUAAAGAUUGCCAAAGUCCCGCUUGUUCCAAAUGUUUAACUGAGACUCAUAAAAUGCAUGACUAUAACGCUAUUGAUGAGGUGUAUUCUGACAUUAUUUCUAGAAUUAGGGAAUUGUUACAUAAAUUUGAAUCCAACCAUCAGUCACUUAACAUUGAAACGGACAAACUACAAAAACAACUUGAAGAUGGUGACAAAAAUUUCCAAGAAACAAGGGAAAUAAUUUUACAAACAGAGAGAGAAUUGAAAGAUGCUAUUUCAAAAUAUACUAAUAACCUUUUACAAGAACUUGAAGCAAAGUGGAAACCUUUAGAAAAUGUGAUCAUGAAGGAACUGUCUUCCCUAAGAACAAAUGCGGAUGUGUUGGAAACCAGGAAGAAAAAUCUAAAUCAAGUCCUGCAGUCACGUCAUGUGGAAGAUAUAUUUUCUGCAGGCCAAACCUUAUAUGAAUCUUUACCGAAUUAUUCAAUUAAAAAAAUCGAACCUUUUAAUGCAAGGUUUAUUCCUAGCAAUCAGCACGUGACAAAAGGAAGUCAGAUGAUUGGUUAUCUGUAUACAGUUCCCGAAUUUGAACUUUUAGACACUUACCAAAGUAUUUACAAAAGUGUGACAAAUAUUCUAUUCAGUAGUGACAAAACUGCAUUGAUAGGGAGUUUUAACUGUCAAAAACUACAAAACGUUCAAUUUGAAAACCAUUGCAUGAAAAUGAAGAAAGUAGUAAAUAUGAAAGUGUAUGAUAUGGCAAAGACAAUGGAUGGUAACAUACUUAUAUCAGCUGAAGAAUUUGAUUUAAAAAUAUAUAACAAAGACAAGAAACUUAUGAAAUUUAUGUCUUUUGCUCCAUUAAAAACUAUAGGUUUGCAUGUUACAAAAGAUAAUAAAAUAAUAGUAGGGUUGGUGAAAAAUUUAAUGAUACCUGUACCAACAGACUGUAUCAGAAAACUUGUUGUUAUGAACUCCGAUGGUGACAUACAACAUUCCAUCGAAUAUGACAGGGACCACCAGAGACUGUUAACCUACCCUCAUAGAAUCAAUUCUAUAAAUGAUAAAAUAGUCGUUGUAGACGUUAUAAACAAAGAGUUUGAGGGGAGGGUAGUAAUGUUAGAUCACGGGGGACAACUCCAUUGGACCUUUAAUGGUUGUAAAACUAUAAAUUCUGACCAGAUUAAAUUUUAUCCUGGGGACGUGGCAGUAACUUCUACAGAUAUGAUUCUUGUUACUGACUGUGAGAAUCAUUUGAUACAUGCACUAAAUUCGGUAGGGGAAGCUAUUUUUUAUAAGGAAGUAAAAAGCUUAGGAAUAGAAUUACCUUUAAGUCUUAGCAUUGACAACAAUGACGUCUUAUGGAUUGGAUGUAAUACCUGCACAGAAGACACAAAUAGUACAGCAAAUAUAAUGUAUGUUAAACUUACUUAACUUUGACGUUUCGUAUCAGAUAGAUUUCUUAAAUCCAGGAUUUGCAACUGAAAGUGAUUUGUUAGUCUCUGUGAUUUUGGAAAUAAAAAAAAUGUAAAUUGCUCUGUAGUGUCUGUUGCUUACUACUGAUGUUGUCAAUUUUGACAGUUAAAAAGUAAUAUUGAUAGUUAGAUUACGUAGUCAAUUUGUCAAUGAAUAAAACGUAAAAACACAAAAAUACUGAACUCCGAGGAAAAUUCAAAAAGGAAAGUCCCAAAUCAAAUGGCAAAACACAGAAUAAAUAAACAAGGAAAUUACCAAAGACUUGAUCAUCUGAUAUCUCUGGAUUAUUACGAAGCUUCUGUCAAAUUUUAUUUAAAUUCGUGGUUAUAGUUAUUCAAAUUCAAAGUUUAAGGACUGUAUAUCUAUAUUCGGCAGGAUCUGG